CUACCGUAGGCUGUACCCCGUUCGAGUUACUGGUUUCGUAACCGGCCGCCGUGCGUUCAGUCUGUCAAUUUUUUUAUCACCAUCCGCGGAACGCGUCUCUCGCCACUGUUUAAUCGCAGCCGCCGUCGUUCGCUCAUUCCGCUCUCGUAGUAGUUCGUACUCGCUCACUCACUCUACACGUACACACACUCACACACACACACACACACACAUCGAAACUCGUGUGCACCGCUCUCGCCCGGUUGGAUUUAUCUAUUUUCCACGCGAGUCCGAACCAAGUCGGCCGCGCCGCACACACGUCUCCGACCGUCGGUGUAACUAUCGUUUGGACUUUCGUCGUUUGUCGCAUUACGUUCCCGGCACAACCAUGAGCAGCUUGGCGGAGACAAAUCCGAUUUACGGGCCGUUUUUCGGCGUUAUGGGCGCGGCAUCGGCCAUCAUUUUCAGCGCUCUUGGCGCUGCAUAUGGUACGGCAAAAUCUGGAACAGGUAUUGCUGCCAUGUCAGUAAUGAGGCCAGAACUUAUUAUGAAAUCCAUCAUUCCCGUUGUCAUGGCUGGUAUUAUUGCUAUAUAUGGUCUCGUAGUAGCUGUCCUAAUAGCAGGUGCUCUGGAAGAGCCCUCUAAAUACUCCUUAUUCAAGGGAUUCAUUCAUCUUGGUGCUGGUCUUUCUGUAGGCUUCAGUGGUUUGGCUGCUGGUUUCGCAAUAGGAAUUGUUGGCGAUGCUGGUGUCAGAGGCACAGCCCAACAGCCCAGAUUAUUCGUAGGAAUGAUCUUGAUCCUAAUUUUCGCUGAAGUUUUAGGAUUGUAUGGACUGAUUGUUGCAAUUUACCUAUACACUAAAUAAAUUAUUUUCCCUCUGAAUAAAUAUAAAAACAAAACAAAUUUUUUUUUUGUAACAAAAAAAAAAAAACAAACAAACCGUGAACACCCAUACGAUGCCCAGUUGUUGUCGUCAAUACAAACAAUAUACUACCAUAUUAUUAUAAACAUUUUAGUUGAAAGGAAAUCAAAUAUUUGUGCCCUUACGCCACUCACCUAAAUAGUUACGUGUAUUUUUCCUUCCCCCAGCUUUCUAAACCAUUUUUCCAUUCACGUAGCAAAUUAAGUAAUAAUAAUCUUAAAAACUAUUUUAAAAUACAUAUAUUUAAAUUAAAUAAAAUGAUGGCCAUCUCAUGUAUCAAACGUUAUACUUGUGUUUUAUUAUUAUUAUUAUUAAUUUUUUUUAUGUUUCAAUGAGUUGUAUUAUUAAAUAUUGUUCCCCCCUUUCACUUUUAAAUGUUACUUAACUAAGAGGGGACCACCCUCAAACAUUAAGUACUCUAUGCGAUGUGAUGCAAUCUAAACUUAGGAAGUGUACGAUUGUUCUCCAUCUUAUCGAGUAACGUACACUAAUAAUAAUAAUAAUAAUAUAUUAAAUUAUUUAAAUUAACAUUACUGCAGUUCAGCACAAAUAUUGUAGCUGUACAAUUUAAUGAAAAUUCGUAGUUAAAGUAUUAUUGUUUGUUUUUUAUCAUUCUUUUUUUUUUUACAUUUAUUGUAAAAUAAAAGCAGGCUUACAUGGUUACUGGUUAUUUUAAAUUUUAUAAUAGACGUAUAAAUUUACAAAAAAAAAGUUUAAAUAACAACUAUUAGUGUUUUUAAUAAUUAUUUUAAGUGAGCGUGCAUCUAAGACGUGUUAAAACAUUCCAAUGUAUUUGUAAUUUAAUCGUAUAAUCCAAUGGAAGUAUAUUAAUUUUACUUACAAUUAGAUAUUAUAUAUUCAUACAUACAUACCUUUAUAUAUGUGUAUAUAUAUAAACACUUAUAAAAAUCUGCCAUUAAAUUAUUGUUCGUUAGUUCAAAUAGUUAUUAUUAAUCCUGUCAAACACAUUUGUUUAUUUUCCAUUCAUAUCAAUCGCGUGUUUAUUGUUUCUCAUCAUUAUCAAAUUAUUCGUAAUUAUUAUUAUAACUGUUCAAAAAAAGAAAAAAUUUUAAAAAAAAUCCACUAUUUAUUUUAUUAUAGUUGUGUAUAAAUUAUGUGGUUAACAUUUGUUUUAUUUUUAUUUUAUUUUAAUAUAUAUAUAUAUUUUUUUUUUUUUGGUUAUUUAGUAGACACUUAAUGCAGUAAAACCAAUUUUUUUCAAUUGUUUUUAGUCGUUUUUAAACAAAUUUAAGUCUGUAAUAUAUUAUUACUUAGACUUGGAGGAAAUUCUAAGGGAGUAAAUUAAACCUAUCUAAUUUUCUAUACCUACAAUUUCCUAGGAAUUUCAAUUAUUUAGUAAUAAAACAAAAAUUGUUGUUAA